CCCUGCGCCGAAACCCUAGCUGGUUCUUGGUUGGAUGAAUCGCUUCCGCUUCUUGGUUGGGUGUUUUAGUGAAUUCUGGCGUAAGAUACACUGUGCUUACCUAACAUAGGACUAGAUUUAGAGUAGAUUGGGUGGACUAAUCGAGAUUUAGACUCAGCUAGCGCUGCGAUUUGGGAUACUCUGACCCGGAUUCAGAGUUUGCCAUCAACAGCGCAUCAUGCAGAGACCCAGCAAACUGCCUGCCGUCUCUCUCCCUUGGCACCUUGCCUCUUUCGGACCCCAAGGUUGGGCUGACCUCCCAGAUGGCUUGCUUCACUCCAUCGUUGAUCGGCUGGGCUCCUUCCGAGACCUUCUUGGCUUCGCCACCACAUGCCCCUCGUGGCGUGCUGCCUUCUCCUCGUACCCAUCAAAAUCCACAUUCCUCACAAAAUUACCACCUCUCCUCAUCCAGCCCCAUAUUCGUGCACAAGGUCCUCUUCUUCCUUGUACCAGUGGUUGUCGUGAGCUAUACCCAUGUAAGGUUGUUGAUCCAGCCAACCGAAACGCCGCCCUUCGCUGUUGGAUCCCUCAAGAUGCCCUGGAGAAGAUGACAUUUAUUGGAUCCUCCUAUGGUAAGCUCAUCUACUACUGCAACGGAUACUGUCGCAUCAUCGAUGUGUUCACCGGCGACGAGGUGUCGACUCCACGUCUCCCAUCCCGUGCUGGAUGUUCAAAACUUCACUUGGCUGGCAUUCUAACAGCCCCACUUGCAUCACCCAACUCACAUCUCCUUGUCAGUACCGAGUCCUUCCUGCUUGAUCUGCGUGUUGGAAACGACUCUUGGUCCGAACUCCAGCUUCCUUGUCAGUUUGUAAUAGACCAUUUUGUGGAGUUGGAUGGUCAGCUCAUUGUCUCGAAUAGCUAUGGGAGAUCCUACGCUCUGCAGCUGGCCCCUCAGCAUGGCCUGCAGGAGAUAAAAACCAAGCCUGUGGGAGGAAAGCCGGUGGUAGGAAGGCUGGUGGUUUGUGGUGAUAUACUUCUCAUUCUCAGUUUUGGCGAGUUCCACCGCCUCGACAUGUCAACUGAGCCCGCGACACGGGUGGCCGUGGAGAAGCUGGGCGAGCGGGCACUCUUUGUAGGGGCGGAAGCGAAGAGCUCGGCACUUUCUUGCAUGAGCCCGGAGCUAUGGGGAGGAAGGAGCGACAUCGUGUACUUUGCUCGUACAGCUCGACCUUGGUUUCUCUAUAGGCUGUGUGGCAGGCCAGAUCGCUUGCAGGAUAGACCAACACGACCAACACGCGUUGAACCCGCAGGCUUUGGAAGCACCCCAGUGCAGUCAUCAGUUCGGCCGCUCUGGCUGUACCCAAGCAUGUUCUACUCGGAUGGCCAAUGAAUGAAUGAUCCGUGCCUGCCAGCCAACUACGUACAGUUUGCCGCAGCACCGGCUUCAUCUGAGAUUUCCCUUUGAGAUCCAGGGAGUAGAGAUUGGUUUUUGCUGCAUGCAUUGGCAGAAUAUGUUACUCGUGGUACGGAGGAGUGCUCCCUCUGCUCCUGUAUUUUGUUUGUUGAACUUGAUAAGUUUUAACUUUUGUGGUGUCGGCACUAGCACUAGCUUUACUAGAAUAACUCAGUUAUCCGUUUUUUA